AUGACGCCGGUGUUUUCCCCUCCCUCUCGGGCCGACAUCCCCGCGCCUCCAACCAAGGCACUGCACUGCACUCGCGACAGCGCGACAGCGCCCAUCAUCACCUUUUUGGCCUUCCUUGCUCACCUCCGUCUUCAUUUCUCCGUCCUCCUUCAUUUCUUCUGCCACUCGCUGUGUGCUCACUGGAUGCCCCUGCAUGAUUUAACCAUAUUUCUCGCCUUCGCCUGCAUCUCAUGCAAGCCACAGAACCACGUCAGCUCGGGAAGACGAAGAGAUGUUUUGGGGCUAGUGGUCAGCCACCAAGGCGACCGAUUCGCGUCUCUUCAGAUCUUUCAAUGGAAUCUUCAGCAUCCCAUCGUCCCCGGUCCUGAGGCUCACAGUCCCCCAGCAUCUAUCUCCUCGAACUCCAUUCUCAAAAUAUCCGACCCUGUAAUAAAGAAUGACCAGCUUUCUCGACGCUCGCAAAAGCCGGGGAGUCUUUGCUUUAACGGCGCGGUCGAAACGUGGCAUGCCCCAUCGGUCGGGCUGUUGGAGAACGAAGUGAUGGCGGUAGACUGGACGGCAGGAUCAUCAUGGAUUGUCCUGUCCGGUCGUCGUUGUCCUUGUCAGCCAUACGAACAACCCCCGCCCUGUCAGAAAUCCGAGACCCCAAGAACUGGUUUCAGAGACAGAAUCCUUUCAUGGGAGCAAGGCGCCGAAGUCGGCUGCGAGUCCGUGUACAGAUCAACUUGGAAGGGCCCUGAAAAGACGCAGGUGGCGUUUCGGGCAUUGGACAGGACGAAUCCCCACGACAUGCACGACAUGUGUGAAGUGGUUCCAAGUUCCAAGGACCAAGGCGAGAGCGAGCUCCAAAUUAAUACGCCCGUCGGGAGGCGCGGCCCCGGUCCCGACAACUCGAGUCGAAUCCCCGCAUUUUUGCCGUUUACCCCUUGUCAUACCGUGAGACCGAACGACCCGUCAAGUCCCAUCGACGCCGUCGAGGCGAUUUCAGACUGGGUCUCGGAAACGCAGAUGCACGGAGAGAAAAUCUAA